UCUAGAGGGGAAAGUUCAGGACCACACAGCCCAGAGGACCAGCAGCAUCCACAUAUCCACAAUGGCCAGGCCCUAUGCUGUCCUGAUGGCCCUGGUGCUGAUGAGCUACUGGUCAACCUGCUCUCUGGGAUGUGACCUGCCUCAGACUCAUAACCUCAGGAACAAGGGAGCCUUGACACUCCUGGCACAAAUGAGGAGACUCUCCCCUCUCUCCUGCCUGAAGGACAGAAAGGACUUUGCUUUCCCUCUGGAGAAGGUGGAUGCCCAGCAGAUCCAGAGGGCUCAAGCCAUCCCUGUCCUGCAGGAGCUGACCCAGCAGGUCCUCAUCCUCUUCAGCUCAAAGGACUCAUCUGCUGCUUGGGAGACAACCCUCCUAGACACAUUCUGCACUGGCCUCCACCAGCAGCUCAAGGACCUGCAGGCCUGUCUGAUGCAGCAGGUCGGGGUGCAGGAACCUCCCCUGAGCCAGGAAGACUCCUUGGUGGCUGUGAGGAAAUACUUCCACAGGAUCACUGCCUACCUGAGAGAGAAGAAACACAACCCCUGUGCCUGGGAGGUGGUGAGAGCAGAAGUCUGGAGAGCCCUGUCUUCCUCAGCCAAAUUGUUGACAAGAUUGAGUGAAGAGGAGUAAGUCUUGAGCCAAAGUGGAGAGGACUCUCCUGGACUUGGACACUGAACCUCACCUCACCA